GCGUCUUCUAUACCUUUACGCGUAUUUGCCAUCUUUGAUCUCCGUUACGAGUCAACUACAGCCGACUAACCAGUUGCCCUGAUGCCUCUAUCUUUAGAGCCGCCUCCAGAAGGCUUAUAUGGCUCAAAAGAAGAUCUAUUGAUGCAUUGUAAAGAGCAUGCAAAGCAAGCUGGAUACGCUCUUUCAAUUCUGAAGUCGAAUGCGUAUAGCAAGUCUAUCAUCAUUGCCUGCGUGUGCUAUGGUCAGCUGGCGAAUAAAUGGAAGCUCACUGAGGAGAAUCGGAAGCGUCCGAACCAUUCAUCAAAAAAAACGGGGUGCCGCGUGAGUUGUAUUGGAAAAGAACAAUCAGAUGGAAGGUGGCGCCUAACAAUAAGAGAAGGGGAAUAUAAUCAUAGGCCUGCACCGGUAGGCACAUACGCAGCGCACAGGAAACGGGAAACCCCAGUCAAGGAAAGAAUCAUGCAGGACUUAUGGGCUGGCUGUGCUGUUCGUCAAACGCAUGCGCAACUGCAACAGCAGUUCCCCAAUAUUCUCAUUACCAAACAGGAUAUCUUCAAUAAGCGAGUUCAGGCCAAGGCUAGAGCCUUACAAGGGAGAUCCGUUGUGGAAGCCCUUUUCUCUGAGUUGGAAGACAGUGGCUACUACUACCCUCAUCAAACUUUUCCAGAAAAUCAUGAGAAAGCAGGGACCCUCAGUCACUUACUAGUCAUUCAUCCACGCUCCCUGGCAAUAUACAAGGAGAAUUUCGAUGUCCUGAUUCUCAACUGCACGUACAAGACAAAUCGAUAUAACUACCCGCUUCUGGAUCUAGUCAGCUAUACUAGGAUGAAUACAAUAUUCAACCUCGGGCUAUGCUUCCAGCACAAUAAGACACAAGAUGACUAUGAAUGGACACUCGAGCAGCUAAAGGCAAUCUUUCACGCAAACCAUAUUAAAGCUCUAAAUGUUUUCGUCACUGAUCGUGAUCUUGCGCUACUUCGAGCUCUUGCGAGCACGUUUCCCUCUGUCCCUACUCUACUUUGCUAUUGGCAUGUUAACAAGAACGUGCUCACUAGAGCACAGGUGCAUAUGCUAAAGGUUGUAGAUAUGGAGAAGUCUACAGAGUCUUGUGUUGUCACUAAAGACUGUGAAGCAUGUUCCAUAUUUAUGGCUGCUUAGUAUUAUCUGGUCGAGUCAGAGACAGAAGACAUCCUUAUCAAACGGCUUGAAAUACUUCAUACUAAGCAUCAAGUAGUAGCUGAGUACUGUGAAUACAAGUGGCUGGACCUAUACAAGGAGAAGAUUGUUCGGGCAUAUACAAAUAAAUUCACGUACUUUAGCACUAUCAUGACUUUGAAAGCAGAGGGCUGCUAUGCGAAAGUUAAGCGAUACCUUCAAAU